AUGUCUAGCUUGAUCUUGAAAUCAAUAAUAUUUGCAAUGUUCACGCUGCUUGUGCUUGCAGAUGACUUACAAUCAUACUGGCAGAACCUUAAUGAGACUUGUCAGUUAGUCUCAAUUUUGGAUGGUGGUCAAACGUUGCAAUAUAACUGCUCGGGAGAGGAGAUUUUCAUGGUUGGAUUGUAUGAUACCCCUGAUAAGGAUUUUAUUCAGGUCAAAGAUAAUGCCGAAUACGUUCCAGGACAACUAACACCAUUGAUCAACAGUACGGUUUACAUCUCUGAUGCGUAUAUGGAACUGUGUUUGAAUCGAAAUCGAGCCAAAGAAAAUCAUUUCGAGCUUUUGCAUGCUGGUUACUUUAAACGAUUAGGUUCAAGUAUUGCAAAUUACUUGCAACUAAAAAGCAAUCCAUGCCAGAUAUCCUCACAAAUGACCGGUAGAAAUGGCACUAGGUACUUGCAUAUCCAAAUUGAGAAUCCCGUUGUCAAUUGUGAUACCACAGCACAACUUACUGCAAUUCUAGGUGCUAUGGAAGAGUGGAUCAAAAACCAUGAACAUUUUUGUGGUGUGUGGUGUACUCGUGAAAACCAUAGUGGGACUUUAGAAGGACUUGUGCUGUUUGGCGUUAACAAAGCUUUCUCAAUUGAGUCCUGUCAUAACUAUGGGGCAUAUGGGAAAUGUAGGUAA